CCAGAACCUCACCCGCCGCCGCCUCCUGCUACUGCAUGCCCGGCGAGCCGUGCUGGCCCUCCGAACACGCAUGGCAGCACUUCAACGCCACCGUCCACGGCGGCCUCGUCGCCACCGAACCCAUCGGCUCGCCCUGUCACGAUCCCACGUACGAUGCGGCGGCCUGCGAGGCGUUGCGUGCCGAAUGGACGAAUCCUCUGACCCACAUCCCGUCGUCCUCCUCUAUCAUGCAAACCUACUUUGCCAACCAGAGCUGCGACCCGUUCACUGACCGUUCCAAGCCCUGCACCCUGGGUAACUACGUCAGCUACGCCGUCCGCGUGAACUGCAACUCGGACGUCGCCGCCGCCUUGAGAUUCGCCAAGGAGAACAACCUCCGUGUUGUCGUACGCAACACCGGUCACGACUUCCUCGGUCGUUCCACCGGCGCCGGUGCCCUCGCCAUCUGGACCCAAUCCCUCAAAUCCAUCCAGUUCACCGACUGGUCCGACGACCACUACGCCGGCCCAGCCGCCUACGUCGGCGCCGGCGUCCUAGGCUACGAGAUCCUCGAAGCCGCCCACGCCCAAGGCCUCUCCGUGGUGACGGGCGAGUGCGCCACCGUCGGCCUCGCCGGCGGCUUCACCCAGGGCGGCGGCCACUCGCCCCUCAGCACCGCCUUCGGCCUAGCCGCCGACCAGACCCUCGCCUUCCACGUCGUCACCGCCAACGGCCGCACCGUCACCGCCUCCCCCUCGGAAAACCAAGACCUCUACUGGGCCCUCAGCGGCGGCGGCGGCGGCACAUUCGGCGUCGUCGUCGGCAUGGCCGUCCGCGCCCACCCGGCCGCCGAGAACGUCGGCGGCGCAGCCUUCCAGCUCCUGGCGCCGCUCGUCGGCCGGGACCAAUUCGACGCCGCCGUGGCCCAGUUCUACGCCCUGCUGCCGCACAUGGUCGACCACGGCGCCAUGCUCGUCUUCUACAACACCGACCAGAUGCUCGUCCUGAAGCCCCUCACCGUGUGGAACGCGACCGCCGCCUACGUGCGCGACGUCGUGCUGGCGCCCUUCGCCGCCGCCCUGGCCGACAUGGGCGUCCAGCUCCCGAUCCUGUACACCGAGUCGUCCUACCGGGACCACUACGACCAGCACCUGGGUCCCCUGCCGCAGGGCGGCGUCGAGGUGCAGCGCUACCAGUUCGGCGGGCGGCUGAUCCCGCGGGCCGCCGUCGAGGAGAAGGAGAACGCCGCCGCGCUCCAGGCCGUCGUCUCCCACCUGACGUCCAACGGCGUGCUGGCGGUCGGCUCGGUCGCCAACUACUCCAGGCCCGACGGCGUCCCCGCCAACGCGGUCCACCCGGCCUGGCGCGAUACCCUCAUCCAGAUGCAGCUCAUCACGUACUGGGACCCCGCGGCUCCGUGGGAGGACAUGGUCGCGGCGCAGCACCGCAUGACGGAGGAGUUCAUGCCGCUGGUCGAGGCCGUGACCCCGGGCAGUGGCGCCUACAUGAACGAGGCGGACUUUAGACAGCCCGACUGGCAGGAGGCCUUCUUCGGGGCCAACUAUGAGAGGUUGCUCGAGGUGAAGAAGAAGUGGGAUCCGGAGUCGCGCUUUUACGCGUUCAAGGGUGUCGGCAGCGAAGAGUGGGAGGUGGCUGCGGAUGGAAGAAUGUGCCGGACUGGUUUGUAGGCGUCUACGGUCGUACCACUAAGUAGAAUAGAAUUAUAUUUAAUAAGAGCUGGUCUCUGACUGGAGUACUCAAGCUUGGUUCCAGUCUCUUGCAUAGACAGUCGUGAUGAUGGUAUUCUUUAACGCGUGGAUGUCUCUCCUGUCUGAUAAAUCAACAAGAGCAACGAGCAACAAGAGAAAAAAAAAAAAACAAAAAAAAAAAA